GAAUAAUAAUUCCCCACCCCCAUAACUAUAAACUCCAUCCCCAAAAUGGAUAACAAUAAAUAUAAUUAAUAAUUCCCUCCCCAAUUCUAUAAAUAAUUAAGUAUAUACUUAUUCACAACUUCAACUACCUAGCUCAUUAACCAUCAGAUGACAAUGAAGGUUUUAUUAAUCUUUGUGCUUUCCCUCCUCUUCUCUCCACCACUCAUUUCGGCCGCUGCCGCCGCAUCACCGGCCGUCCUCGACGUGAAGGGCAAGCCGCUUAUAGUCGGCUCAAACUACUUCGUCCUCCCGGUGAUCCGCGGCGGUGGUGGGGGGCUAUACCCGGCCAACACCAAACCGAACACGUUCGGAUGCCCUCUGGACAUCAUCCAGGAGGCGAGUGAAGUCCAGAAGGGCAUUCCGGUCGUGUUCAGCCCGGUCAACGCCACCGCCGCCGUCCCCUUGUCGACCGACCUCAACGUCAGGUUCUACACCCCGACGAUUUGCGCGCGGAGGAUGGGGUGGAAAAUGGACGGCCUCGACGAGUCGUCGAAGCAGUACUUCGUGAAGACGGGCGGGGCCGAGGGGAACCCGGGCCCGCAGACUUUGAGCAGCUGGUUCAAGAUCGAGAAGGCGGGGAGCGAUUACAAGUUCGUGUUUUGCCCGACCGUUUGCAACGUUUGCAAAGUGGUUUGCAAAGACGUGGGAAUCUAUGUGCAGAAAAAUGGGGCCCGGUUUUUGGUGCUGAGUGAGGUUCCAUUCAAAGUUAUGUUUGAGAAGACCUUUUGAUUCGUUGGAAGCUUAGAAUUGUUGUUUCUACUUCAGUUUUGGAGUUGGAUUUUGUAUGGUACUCCGAUCCAUAUGUGUCAAAAUUCAAAACAACUCCCUCACAUCCAAAUAAAAAAAGCAUCUUAAUAACACUUAUGAAAUAAU